CAAAGCAAAAGAAAGAAAAAGAAGAACGUCAGCUGGAUAGCUGCAUCAAGGGUAAGCACCACAAGAGAAGGAUAAAGCAAGCAAGUAAGCCUCACGAAUCAACCAAGCCUUGCAAGAACGUUCCUGCUUUUCGUCUCUUCUCACGAACUGCCGACCUCGGAAGUGUUGAUGGACUUUCCACGAACGCGACCAUGGACGGGUCGAGGGCACGCGCCGCCGAAGUGUGGCCGGUAUUUCCGGCGGGGACCUUCGGUUCAGGACCUGCGCAGCAGAGCACGAGGUACAGUGGAGGAGCGGAAGAGAGAAGUCGUGGUAGCUCAGGCUCUGCUCCUAAGGUCGAGGAUCCCGAGCGUUCCUUCGCGAGCUCACCCAGCAGCCACACGAUGAACUCGGGUGAACGACGAAGCUCGACGAUGGAGCACUCACAGUUCUCCAGAAUAAUCCACGACGCUCGGAGGCCUCAUGCAAUGCGUCGCAAUGGAAAGGGGGGCAUCAAGACUCGAGAGACGCGGCUGCAAUACAAGGGCACCUCGAACGUUGCUGAGCAGCACAGAGAUUCGAGCCGGAGAUCAAGGGAUGACAGGUGGCAGCAAUGCACAGCUCCCGAUUACGACGCACCUGAUAGCAAUUCAAGGGUGGCACAGCAGCAGCACAUGAGAUGCCCCGAGGAAGCCCUGCAUGACAAGAGGCGAAUGACGUCUGCCAUACCGAAUCCGAGGUCCACACGGAGGCUACGUCGCAAUGUCCAUGAGGCUAAUCACUCCAGCGACGCUGCUUCUAGACUACCGGUACCAGUCCAAAGAAAACAUGUUUCACCAAGAGUACAACCUUCUGUGCCUCUAGAAGAUAUGAAAAGCCCUUCGCGCACAGAACUCAAUGACCGGACGGAUCUUGUUGAAAAAAGAACGCUUGACACUUCGUUGGAGGCUAAGAGCAGCGAAAAAACGCUGCUAAAGAAGACCGGCGUGACAAGUCCCCCCUUGUUCGGGAGAAGAGCUAAACAACAAAAGGACGCUGUACUUCCGAGAAAAUCGACAUUACUGAUGACGAAAGAUGCUGUAAGCGGAUUAGAAGGUCCAAUAAAUGAAUGGUCAGUGGCGACACCAGCUGAACAGCAUGACAGAAGCGUCCAGCCUAUCCCUUUAAAGCGAUCCAGCCUGUCUCCAACUGCCAAACCACUCUGUGCGCCAAGAAGCCUAUCGGUACAGAAACCAAACCAAGCUAAUGAUCGCCAAAGGCAAACGAAGUUUUCCACCGCAGGAGAAAAUGGAUUGAGCGCCAUAACUGACACGCCAUGCUUCACAGCCAUGACUUCACUGUCUCCUCCUGAUGUCGCUAAACCUGCCUCUUUGUUGCUUGAUAGCCGAGCCAAAACAGAGGCAACGCCCAGCAAGGCUAAACGAGUUUUGGAACGACCACCGAAUAGCUUUACAGUUCAAGAAGUGCCACAGCUUGUCAACAGCACCAAGGAUAGCGCUGCUUCUAAAUGUACAGGGCAAGGCAAUCAGCCUGGCGGCAGUGUUGUCCCAUCCUGGAGAGAAAAACUGAAGCGCAGGUCAACGUGCUGCGCCCCUGAUGUGCGACACGACGAGUCGGUGAACGACAGCUUGCGAGGCACCAGAUUUUCGUCGUCUGAGCAGAAGGUUCUUGAGCGAAGUGAGAUAGAAUCGAGGGAGCAGCCGCCUGUAUUUCCAAAUAAAACAAGCGAUGUAGAUUUGGAAAAGCUGAAAACACACUCUGAAAACAUGAACGGCGCCACAGCACCGGUUACUACGUGGUUAAAGAUGGCCAAUGAUGCGGGGGAAACUAUGCCUCCAAAGAAAUUAACAAAGGAACCACGAGCAGUGGGAAAUGCCAAAACAACGGCACUUCGGGACGAGGGCACGCGAAUAACGUCUGUGAUCACGAAGGUGCGAGACAAAGACGAAAAGGGAGGCGAGAAAUCGCGACAAGGAGAUCUGGUUGCCGAUAAAAGGCGCUCUCAUCCUGUAACAGAUGACGUCUCCUACACGAUGGCUCAGAAGAGCUCCAGGAGCACAGCAGCAAAGAGGAGUGUUCAGACAGGCUUCGAGUCAGCCGGCGGUAACUUCGGCACACUGAAGGUGUUACUUGCGGGGAAGCAAGUUGUCGAAAACCUCGAAGUGUCUGUUCCUAACGUGGACGCGUCAACUGGAGCCCAGAAGCUGCCAGCGGUGAACGACAGUGCUAAGGAUCUAGAAGGCACAAAGGCGACAAGCGAAGUCUUGAAUGGCGAAAAGCGGGACCCGUCGCUGCGCGCAAAGGCUGUAAAGAUUCUGGCGGAGCACACGGCAAUUUCUCCAUCUCCACUUGUUUCAAACGAGGACUCUCAGGAAGAAGCACAAUCUAUCAAACUAGACGAGGGCGACAUGUGGCUCGAGGAGUGCCGGUUUGCUUGCGAAGGGGCCUCCACUGUGAUCGCCCUCGUGCUCGUGGUCCUGAUCCUGUACGGCGUUGCGCGGCCGAUGUACGUCCGUGACUCGGAUGCCCAGAUUAUCAGGUUACAGUCUUGCCACGGCGAAUGGUGCGACCGGCUCGGGCUCUGGCUGCUGCCCAACAAAAGCAAUCCGGAGAAAGACCCGUGCGAGAACUUUUACGAGCGUGUCUGCUACGAAUGGAGUAUGGGUCGCGAGAACACAACGUUUGUAAGAAGCGUCGUCGACUACGCCUACAACUUCGUCAUCGGGAGGAUCUCGAGGAGCCCGAUGCCAUCCUUUAUCCGGAACGACCUGGACCAGUUCGUGGCCUUUCUCAAGGUGUGCAUGUCAGACCCAAGCUUCAGCGACACCGUGUCGGGAUGGAUGUCGCUAAUUCGCUACGAGCUGGGCGAUGACUAUCUUGUACUCCGGCAAUGGAACUGGUCGCGCAUAAUGCAGGCCGUGAUAAAAAAGAGUUUAGUCUAUGGUCUCCAAACCAUUGUGGACGUGAGAGUUGGUCGCCGCCCGGAUAAACCCGACAAAGCUGGACUCUUUCUUUCGGUCGAUGGGUGUAUCAUUAGUUUAUUUUCACUGAACCGCAGUGAUACCCGCGCAAUUAUGUCCUUGCUUAGAGAAAUAAUCGACGAGCUCCCGGAGUUUCAGUACGUAACCGACGCCGCAGCUCAAGUGAAGGACAUUGCAUUUUCCAUACACCAGAAAAGAAAAGAACCAGUCAAGAAAAGCAUGCUUUGCCAAAACCUCGAAUCUAUCGCAAGGGGUGUUGAUACCUCAACUUGGCUGAGCGAGAUUAACCAAUACGUUUCGGCGAAUAUGAGUCUCGAGAACGAUUGCAUCGUUCAGACUCACGAGACCACCGAUUACAGGAAUCUGUUCCCGACUCUCGAAGAGUAUCCUACCGAGAUAAGGGCCCUGUACAUCAACGUACUUAUGGUUGGUCAGGUUCUCCGAUAUCGGUACAGCUACGUUACCCACAUGUUGUCCAAAUUGCACGUGUGUAUGCACGCGUCUCGCGGCGCAUUCCGCCACCUGUGGGUGAAACUGAUGAUGGACGCGGCGGGCUUGCAGGUGCAGGUGAGAUACCUCAGUAACCUGUUCGAAGGCGUUAAGCAGGAAGUCAUCGCCCACCUCGAACGAAUAGAAGGCUCCAAAGUGACCAAGGUCGCAAUGGUGGCCCUCAUAAACAAAACCGAGCUACGACCCAUCAGCAGUGCCAAAAUUAUGAAUGAAAGCCUUUACAGAUAUCCUCAGCUCGUCGUUGGGUAUCACAUGCCACAGUACUUCCUGCAGACGUUAGCGGCUCAGGCCAAACGCAGCGUCAACCAGGUGAUGGACGAGGACAGCAUGAUCGAUUUCAAGGGAGAGGCCAUUUUGAAACCCACUUACAACACGGAUGAUCUGACCAUCAGCGUGCCGUUUCUGUUGCUCUUCCCACCCGUCUUCUACGUGUACCGCGAGGAACAGUUCCAUAACUUCGCAACACUGGGAGUUCUACUCGCCCUCGAAUUGGUUAGGGAGGCUGGCAGACGUUCGCUGCUGGACUUGCGCGCAGCCAACGAAAACGCCCGGUGUCGGAUACAGCGGUACCUGCGCCUGCCGGGCACAGGAAGCGUUGAUCCAGCCCAGCAUGAUGCCACUGAAGUCUUCAUGUGGGAGCUGGCAGUGCGUGCGGCACUCAGUAGCCUCGAGAACUACACAGAACAGAGCAUGUCUUCCAUAGAGGCGUCAAGUUAUGGAGAGCAGCUGAAGCAGGUCUUCUUCGAGCGCUUCUGCAUGCUCAGCUGCGCAUUACCAGGCGACGACACCACGAGCGGCAUGAAGCAUUGCGUUCUGCCGUUGAUGAAUAUAGCCGAAUUCGCAGUGACCUACCGAUGUGCAACCAAGAGCAGCACGAGGUGUGGUGAAAUGUGAACCCCGCGUACCGUUCUAGCGUUCGGCCGUCUGAGCGCCAUCAGGCGCGACGCGCGUAAAGUGUGCAUAGUAGUAUUACGUUUGCGCCUUUGCGACUGUAGGUUUUCGCUGUUGGAGUGGUUUAGCGGCUGACAUCGACUGUGGCAUUACUUGCUGCGAAUCUGGCAGUUUCUGCUGUUCUAGCACCAUUCACUUUACGUUUUCGCUCGGCAGCCCCAACGCGUCUCUAUAUCAUCGAAAUGAUUUUUUUGUUGAUGUCUAGUUGCUAGUAUCCGUUAAGAAAUGCUUUUACAUGGACGCUGUUUUCGGAACUUUAGAUACAUCAGUGUAAAUGCUUUUCAUUUCUCAGUGCAUAUGCUGGGCAGUGUUCUGG